AUGGUCAGUUCCAUGAAAAUCCGCGAUCCGGACUCGAUGCGACUCCAUUCCCAGUCUUUCCACAGCAACUACAGUUCCUACAGUAUCGAUUAUCCAGUUGAACAGUCGUCGUCAAGAAGUCGCGUUUCCAGAUCAAGAACUCUUCCUGUCCAAGCAACGAGGCCAGAAGUCGAGAAUCGAAGAAGCGAAACUGAGUCGACUGACAAUCGUUAUCGCUUCAGAUUUCAGUCGGUUAUCACGAAUGAAAGACAAAUUGGAUUUUCCGCUGCGGAUUGGAGCUCAAAUUUUAAUACCUACAAACCGCCUGUCGUGCCAAAAGAGCCAAACAAUGCGCCGGCUAGUCGCAAAUUAUUCGAAGAGGCUUGUGAAGCCCCGGAACCGCAUCAAAGCGACGAGUACGAGCUGGAAAAAGUCGUUUCAAAGAUCAACUUUUCUUCCUCUCAAUACGCUGACCUGACGACUUGCAAGACCUGCCACGGCGAUUUGAAGGACGCUUUUUGCUUUAUUCCGUGCGGUCACGUGAUUUGCAGCGAAUGCGCUUUCGGAGAUCAUGGAGGAAGAUGCACAAGAUGUUGGAAGGAGAUUUCUUCGACCAACCGGGUCUAUCUUUUUGGCUAG